AUGGCAGUUUUUUGGAUGCAGCUACAAAAUUUGGAUGAAAAGAAAUUUAUGCUUGUUGCGGAAAUUGAUACUUUACUAAGGAAACGAGAAGAAUUGAAUAAGAAAAUUUGGAUGCAGGAAAAGGAAACCUAUCGUAUGGAGGAGAAGUUGCAGCGAAUUGAUAAUUUAGUUCGUGAUCGAAUUCCGCUAGCUGAAAUGCGCAAAGACCUCCCAUUUAUUUAUUUUAUAACACCAACUUAUCGAAGGCCGACUCAAAAAGCAGAUCUCGUCCGUCUAGCACAAACGUUAGCAUAUGUUCCCAACUUGUACUGGAUUGUUGUCGAAGAUGCGAAUAAUACAUCUCCAUUCAUUGCUGAAAUUUUCAAACGAUAUCGUAUUAGAUUCGCUCAUCUUAAUGCACUUACACCUCCAGAAAAAAAACCAAACGAAACAGAUCCGAACUGGAAAAUUGCUCGAGGAAUUGUUCAACGAAAUAAAGCUCUCAUGUGGUUGAGGAGGAAUUUCGACAGAUCAAAGAGAGGAGUUGUAUAUUUUGGUGAUGACGACAAUACCUAUGACUGGAGAUUAUUUGAUGAAAUGCGAUCCAUAGAAAGAGUAGGUAUAUGGCCAGUCGGUCUUGUUGGUGGAUUAAUUGUUGAGACGGCUAAGUUUUCAGAAGAUAAGAAAAUAUCAUUUAAUUCACUAUGGAAGCCAGAACGACCAUUUCCUAUCGAUAUGGCUGCAUUUGCCGUAAAUUUAUCUCUGGCACUUAAUGCUAAUGCAUUCUUUACAUAUGAUGUACCUCGUGGUUAUCAGGAGUCUCAUUUUCUUACUGCUUUGGAUUUGAAAAGAGACGAUUUGGAACUGAAAGCCGAUGGUUGUACAAAGGUGUACGUUUGGCAUACCCGAACAGAACGAACUCUGCUUUUGCAACACGAAAGAUUAAAAUUUUGGCGAGGCUUAUUGAAUGAUGUUGAAACCGAUGCCGUCUACUAA